AUGGGAAACGCCUCCGCCAUUUUCUCCGCCGUCGGUGCGUUCUUCUGCUGCUGGAGGCACCUCCCGGGGGAGAGCGCGAGGGCCCUGGCCGCGAUCCCGUGCUGCGCCCUGCUGCUCCUGCUGCAAGAGGAUGGAAGAAUUCUCCGCGGCGACACGGGGUUCGGGGCCGCCGUCCCCGCGGGCGCACUGUCGGCGACGUGGGCCGGGUCUGCGGCCUUCUACAUUCUCUUGAAGGGAUCUUCGCUAGCAGGAGCACCGCGGUCGUCGUUUUCCCUGAUGAGCUUGUUGGGGGGGGGGCUCUUGCGACCAGCCCUGGGCGUGUACAGGGGGGUGCUGCACCACUUCCACGGCGCCUACGGGGCGGCGGACAGCCGCAGGCAUGGGGAGGCGGCGGUAGCGCUUCGGGCCGUCAGCUUUUGGACGGCGGAUUCCCCUUGGCAGCCUCUGUGGAACUUGGCCCUGCUCGCGGUUUCCGUCCCGUCCCACGCCUUCCUGGCGCGGUUCCUCUGGGGCGGGCGGGGUUCCACGCCUCAGCGAGCGUCGGAAGUGCUCGCGGCGCUGGCGAUAAACGCCCUGCCUUUGAUCGCCGCCGACCUCACCAGCAUCAACUUGAUGGGGCUUACGGGGCUUGCCGGGGGUUUGGUGCAGCUGUGGCUCCUGCGUGAGAGACAAGCAACUGGGAGACGUAUCAUCUGA